UGACACUAGCACAGAUCCCCGUCAACACGGGUCCAUGCUCUAAUGCAGUCCACACUAAGCUACUACUAUCUGAUUUACUGCUAGAACGAUCCCCAAGUCCAGACACUUUGCGCCCCUCGUGGAAGAAAGGACCCCACCGACACCACCGGUGACCGGGAGCAUCGAUUGAAUUUUCCUGUUUCGCCAUUGUUACCAGCAAAUCACGAUGCGUGAUCGAGCUAUUCUCCGGUCCCUCGGCUUGCGUGGCGUGCAGCUAGCUUCCCCCACUAGCCCAUUUUUCGAGUUAUCAAUCAGUUCAUCGGCACGGUACCGCAGCGGUUACCAUCUGAUUAGCGAUAGUAGAAAUUGGUCCAUACGGUAUAAGGCGAGAGAUUUCCCUCGUGUGCUAAGACCAUUUCUGUUCAUCCAUUGUUAUCACAUUGUGAGAUCUCCACCAAAAUGGGGUUCGGAAAUAUCUUUCGUCGUCAGGCGACUGAGGAUACUCUCACUCAGGUUGAUGUGAACACGACCGAGGAGAGUAAGAGGGACGUUCCUGCCGAUGGUGUCGCCGCUGAGAACAAUGGUGCUGUCGACGCGAACCAGCCGCCCCAGACUCCGGAGGAGGAGCUUCACCGUGGUGUUCACGAUGUUGAAGCUAUGGUCAAAACCUGGUCAAAGGGAGCCUUGAUUGCAGUCUUCUUGAAUAUCUGGCUGCUCUAUUUCACAAAUGCGUUCCAAAGCUCGAUCCUCUACAGCUUAAUCCCCUACCUUACCAGUCAAUGGGAGUCCCACUCACUCCUCAACACAAUCUAUAUUGUCGCCGAUGCGAUUACUGCCGCCUGCUAUAUUCCUCUGGGACGAAUGAUGGACGUCUGGGGUCGCGCGGAGGGUUUCUUGUUCAUGACCAUCUGUGCUACGGUGGGAUUGAUCAUGAUGGCCGCCUGCAACAACCUUGCCACAUUUUGUGCCGCCUAUGUCUUUUACUCGCUCGGAUUCGGUGGUAUGACUUACUGUGUUGACGUUAUCACUGCCGACGCUUCCAUGCUCAAGAGUCGAGGUCUGGCUUAUGCAUUUACCUCCUCUCCGUACAUUAUCACGGCCUUCGCCGGCUCAAAAGCAGCCGACGAUGCUGUGAGCGAUAGCGGUAUUGGCUUGCGCUGGCCAUUCGGAAUUUUUGCCAUCAUCUUCCCUCUUGUUGCCACCCCUCUGUACUGCGUUCUGAAGUACAAUAUCCGAAAGGCUGUGAAGGAAGGCCAUGUUGUUAAGCCAAGUAGUGGACGGACAAUUCUUCAGAGCAUCUGGUACUAUAUCAUUGAGUUCGAUGCUAUGGGUGUUCUGCUCUUUUCCGCCGGUCUCGUCCUGUUCUUCCUUCCCUUCGAUAUUGCUGGUAGCGCUCCCAGCAGUUGGAAAACUCCGUACAUCAUUGCCAUGCUGGUCGUUGGCUUCGUCUUGCUCUUCGUGUUCAUCAUUUGGGAGACCUGGUUCGCCCCUAAGCCUCUGCUCCAAUACGGAUUCCUUUACAACCGGACUGUUAUCGGUGCUUGCUUGCUUGACGCUACUUAUCAGCUUUGCUAUUACUGCUGGGACAACUACUUCACCUCUUUCCUGCAGGUGGUCAACGAUCUGUCAGUCGCCGAGGCGGGAUAUGUUGGCAACACCUUUGACGUUGUGUCCGGCGUCCUGCUGUUGAUUGUUGGUGUGGCCAUCCGGAAGACUGGCCGUUUCAAGUGGCUCCUGUGGAUCGCAGUUCCUCUCUACAUCCUUGCUCAAGGCUUGAUGAUCUACUUCCGUCGCCCCAACCAGUCUGUCGGCUACCUUGUCAUGUGCCAAGUUUUCAUCUCUAUUGGUGGAAGUGUGUUCAUUAUCGUCGAACAGCUUUCGAUCUUGGCCGCAGUUGACCAUCAACACGUUGCUUCCGUGCUUGCCCUGCUCAACGUUGUUGGUACCGUCGGCGAUGCUAUGGGUGCGACCAUCUCCAGUGCGAUCUGGCAAAACACUUACCCGAACGCGCUGAUGAAGUACCUCCCGGAAUCAGCCAUGGAUAACUUUGAUAUGAUCUAUGAGGAUAUCGACACUCAGUUGAGCUACGCUGUUGGAACCCCAACCAGACUCGCAAUCCAGCAUGCAUAUGGUUAUGCCCAGACCAGAAUGCUUGCUGUUGGUACCGGUAUCAUGGUUCUGGCCUUCGUUUGGACCAUGAUGAUCAAAAACAUCGACCUCAAGAAGGUUCCCCAGGUCAAGGGUAUGGUCUUCUGAAGCAAAAGCUUUUUCUCCAUGGCAACUUAUGCCACUGGUGUUAUGAGCCCUAAAAUUCCUGGAAUUUGCUGUAUAUUCUAUGACGUAUUCUGAGAGACUUUGUUGCUCAUUCGUUUUCGACAUUGUUAAUUCACCAUCCCCAAUAAUCAUAUUCAAACGUUUCAUGCACACUAUUUACUCCACAGUGAUUGGUGUAAUCGCCGUGACUGCGGCUUUCUUCUCCUGAACACUUUCCUGCUCCAACGGUGUUGAUGUUGACGCUGAGCUACUGGUUUCUGCCCUGAUCUUUUGCUGUUUAUCCCAGCGCAGACCGAUCUGAAUUGCAGCAGUCACAACAACUUACGGGAAAAGUCAGUCUCCAAUCUCUGUUAGAAUAAGAUGAACAGCAACUAAACUUACUCGAUAAUCCUUGCAUAACAAAUACCCAGAGAUAGCCUUUCUUUGCGGCAGGGAAAUCCGUGGUUUUCCAUACAAAGUUUGGAGCCUGCUCUGGUCAAUGAUGAUUUCGUUUGACUGACAGUAUAUGACUCACCACUGCUUGAACCACAUAUGCAAGGUCGUUAGCCAUUCCUACAAGCAGGGCUCGCUUCUCCGUGUCGUCCGAGCAUAUCUCAUUAAUCCAACUAAGAAUCAGAGGUCCGGCUCCGGACUACCUGAAAGUCAGCAAAGAGUUAUCUGGACAACAUCGCGUGGGAAUGGAACCGACUCCGAUAUUGCUUAGCCAAUAAAGAAUCUUGCGACCCUCUAUAUUGCUAUAUAAUGGCAUCUGCCUCAACAGCACACAUAUCACAGUCUGAAUAAUUAGGAUCGAGAAAGUAAGCAUAAAAUUUCCAGAAUUGGGAACGUCUCAGAAUUACCGUUAUGACAGCUCCGACAUAAACAAAAGGCCACCGGGCGCCACGGCAAAGACCAUCUGAGAGCCAGGCCCAUGACAAGGCCAUGAUGAUAAAGAGACCGGUAGUGAGGAGCGGCACUAA